UAUACCGCCAGUCGCCGGCACCUGUACCUGUAGCCAAUCAGCGCCAGCGCUGCUGGGAACCUACCUGUCAGCAAAAUCUCGACACCCAAACCUCAACAUAAAUCAAACACUUUCCUGGGCAGAGAAUGUCUGUGUCAGGCAAGAAUUAGAGACAAGCGGUCAGCAGAGCCUCAGUGCUGAUCGUCGGAGCUUGGGACCAGGAAGAUGUCGAAUGAACUUGAUUUCAGGUCUGUGCGGCUUCUAAAGAACGAUCCAGUCAACUUGCAGAAAUUCUCUUACACUAGUGAGGAUGAGGCCUGGAAGACGUACCUAGAAAACCCGUUGACAGCUGCCACAAAGGCCAUGAUGAGAGUCAAUGGAGAUGAUGACAGUGUUGCGGCCUUGAGCUUCCUCUAUGAUUACUACAUGGGUCCCAAGGAGAAGCGGAUAUUGUCCUCCAGCACUGGGGGCAGGAAUGACCAAGGAAAGAGGUACUACCAUGGCAUGGAAUAUGAGACGGACCUCACCCCCCUUGAAAGCCCCACACACCUCAUGAAAUUCCUGACAGACAACGUAUCUGGAACCCCAGAGUACCCAGAUUUGCUCAAGAAGAAUAACCUGAUGAGCUUGGAGGGGGCCUUGCCCACCCCUGGCAAGGCAGCUCCCCUCCCUGCAGGCCCCAGCAAGCUGGAGGCCAGCUCUGUGGACAGCUACCUGUUGCCCACCAGUGAUGUGUAUGAUAAUGGCUCCCUCAACUCCUUGUUUGAGAGCAUUCAUGGGGUGCCACCCACACAGCGCUGGCAGCCAGACAGCACCUUCAAAGAUGACCCACAGGAGUCGAUGCUCUUCCCAGAUAUCCUGAAAACCUCCCCGGAACCCCCAUGUCCAGAGGACUACCCCAGCCUCAAAAGUGACUUUGAAUACACCCUGGGCUCCCCCAAAGCCAUCCACAUCAAGUCAGGCGAGUCACCCAUGGCCUACCUCAACAAAGGCCAGUUCUACCCCGUCACCCUGCGGACCCCAGCAGGUGGCAAAGGCCUUGCCUUGUCCUCCAACAAAGUCAAGAGUGUGGUGAUGGUUGUCUUCGACAAUGAGAAGGUCCCAGUAGAACAGCUGCGCUUCUGGAAGCACUGGCAUUCCCGGCAACCCACUGCCAAGCAGCGGGUCAUUGACGUGGCUGACUGCAAAGAAAACUUCAACACUGUGGAGCACAUUGAGGAGGUGGCCUAUAAUGCACUGUCCUUUGUGUGGAACGUGAAUGAAGAGGCCAAGGUGUUCAUCGGCGUAAACUGUCUGAGCACAGACUUUUCCUCACAAAAGGGGGUGAAGGGUGUCCCCCUGAACCUGCAGAUUGACACCUAUGACUGUGGCUUGGGCACUGAGCGCCUGGUACACCGAGCUGUCUGCCAGAUCAAGAUCUUCUGUGACAAGGGAGCUGAGAGGAAGAUGCGCGAUGACGAGCGGAAGCAGUUCCGGAGGAAGGUCAAGUGCCCUGACUCCAGCAACAGCGGUGUCAAGGGCUGCCUGCUGUCGGGCUUCAGGGGCAAUGAGACGACUUACCUUCGGCCAGAGACUGACCUGGAGACGCCACCCGUGCUAUUCAUCCCCAAUGUGCACUUCUCCAGCCUGCAGCGCUCUGGAGGGGCAGCCCCCUUGGCAGGACCCAGCAGCUCCAACAGGCUGCCUCUGAAGCGUACCUGCUCGCCCUUUGCUGAGGAGUUUGAGCCUCUGCCCUCCAAGCAGGCCAAGGAAGACGACCUUCAGAGAGUUCUGCUGUACGUGCGGAGGGAGACCGAGGAGGUGUUUGACGCCCUCAUGUUGAAGACCCCAGACCUGAAGGGGCUGAGGAAUGCGAUCUCUGAGAAGUAUGGGUUCCCUGAAGAGAACAUUUACAAAGUCUACAAGAAAUGCAAGCGAGGAAUCUUAGUCAACAUGGACAACAACAUCAUUCAACAUUACAGCAACCAUGUCGCCUUCCUGCUGGACAUGGGGGAGCUGGACGGCAAGAUUCAGAUCAUCCUUAAGGAGCUGUAAGGCCUCUCGAGCAUCCAAACCCUUGCGACCUGCAAGGGGCCAGCAGGGACGUGGCCCCACGCCACACACAACCUCUCCACAUGCCUCAGCGCUGUUACUUGAAUGCCUUCCCUGACGGAAGAGGCCCUUGAGUCACAGACCCACAGACGUCAGGGCCAGGGAGAGACCUGGGGGGGUCCCCUGGCCUGAAUCCCCAUGGCAUGCUUGAAUCUGCUCCCUGAACUUCCUGCCAGUGCCUCCCCGUACCCCAAAACAAUGUCACCAUGGUUACCAUCUACCCAGAAGACUGUUCCCUCCUCCCAAGACCCUUGUCUGCAGUGGUGCUCCUGCAGGCUGCCCGUUAAGAUGGUGGCGGCACGUGCUCCCUCCCGCAGCACCACGCCAGCUGGUGCAGCCCCCACUCUCCGUCUUCCUUCAACUUCAGACAAAGGAUGUCUCAACCUUUGGUCAGUUGACUUGAAAACUCUUGAUUUUCAGUGCAAAUGACUUUUAAAAGACACUAUAUUGGAGUCUCUUUCUCAGACUUCCUCAGCGCGAGAUGUAAAUAGCACCAACGAUUGACUGGAACAAAGUGACUGCUGUGUAAAACUACUGCCUUGCCACUCACUGUUGUAUACAUUUCUUAUUUACGAUUUUCAUUUAUGUUAAAUAUAUAUAUAUAAAUAUAUUGUAUAUAUAUGCAACAUUUUAUAUUUUUCAUGGAUAUGUUUUUAUCAUUUCAAAAAAUGUGUAUUUCACAUUUCUUGGACUUUUUUUUAGCUGUUAUUCAGUGAUGCAUUUUGUAUACUCACGUGGUAUUUAGUAAUAAAAUGUAUCUAUGUAUUACGUCACAUUACUUCACAUGCUGCACUCGUUCCUUCUGGGAGAGUCUGCUAGAGAGGGCUACAGUGGUUGGGGUCUUGCUCCUCUUUCUCCCUCCACUCUGGCUGUGUGCUGAGUGCGGGUUGCCCUGGACUUGAAGGAUGCUGGGACAUGCAGGGCACCGGUGGAGCAGAGGUGCCCCCUCUGGAAGGCAGCAGAUUCCUGAUGCCCAGAUGUUUGUGUUUGAAUGUUACAGCCUCGGGAUCAUUGACUCUGCAGAGAAAGUCUGGGGAAGGGUGCAGAAUGGGCUUGAAGAGGACCUCACAGCUGGGGCCAUCAGGCAGCACCCAAGGCUGGGAGCCACAUGACCUGAGUCUUGUGCCAGCUCUGCCCCUACUCUCUAGACCAAGCCACUUUCCCUGGAGCCAGCUCCUACAGCUCACAGAAGCAAUUGCUGGCAUCUCUUCCCAACUCUGAAGGAGUGUGGUCAUGUUGGCACAUUGAAAUCAGCCACGGUGAGAGUCAGAAAUUGACAAAUGCUACAAAUCAAGGCCUUUAUUUUCCUUAGAAAACAAAUCACGGAUUCAGGCUUCCUUUCUUUUCAUUUGUCUUUUUUUUUUUUUUCUUGAGACGGAGCCUCGCUUUGUCACCCAGGCUGGAGUGCAGUGGCAUGAUCUUGGCUGACUGCAACCUCCGCCUCCCGGGUUCAAGUGAUUCUCCUGCCUCAGCCUCCUGAGUAGCUGGGACUACAGGUGCCCGACACCAUGCUUGGCUAAUUUUUGUAUUUUUAGUAGAGAUGGGGUUUCACCAUAUUGGCAGGCUGGUCUCGAACUCCUGACCUUGUGAUCCGCCCGCCUCGGCUUCCCAAAGUGCUGGGAUUACAGGCGUGAGCCAGUGCGCGUGGCCAGUUUUUGUCUCUUUUAGUUCAGUUCCUCCAUUGCCUCAUUUAUCUUUUUUUUUUUUUUUUGAGACUGAGUCUUGCUCUGUCACCCAGGCUGGAGUGGAGUGGCACGAUCUCGACUCACUGCAGGCUCCACCUCCCGGGUUCACGCCAUUCUGCCUCAGCCUCCUGAGUAGCUGGGACUACAGGCACCCACCACCACGCCCGGCCAAUUUUUUGUAUUUUUAGUAGAGACGGGGUUUCACCAUGUUAGCCAGGAUGGUCUCGAUCUCCUGACCUCGUGAUCCACCCACCUCGGCCUCCCAAAGUGCUGGGAUUACAGGCGUGAACCACCGCACCCGGCCUCAUUUAUCUUUUUUAAGCUGCCAAGUUGAAGUGGGUCUUUCUUCCUUUGGGAGAGCAGACUUACCGGCCACUGCUACCUGUAGCCCUCAGUUUCUUUGGCUAUAAAGUGCAGGACCUGAUCUCCAUUGGUUGUUUGUAAUUAUCAUCUUCAGAGCCUCAGGGCUCACUGGUGGGUCUCCGAGGCCACUACAAUGCGAGGAAGGGGCUGCAGCAGGCCCUGCGUAUCACCCCUAACUCCAUCACCGCAGCUCUGCUUCUCUCCACUUAAAUAUUUGGGUUUCUUGUAAACAUUUGUCUGAGUAAAACUUUUUUUAAAAAAGUGUGAAAACCAUGAUCCCUCUAAGAACCUCCCAGUGCUGACAGAAUCUGUGGUCCUAAUUUCCAAGCCCCUACCUACAGUCAAGGCUAUGGGCAGGUGAGUCUCUAGCCUAAGGCACAAAAAUUAAGGGGUGCCCAAAAGCUCAAUAAGCAAAAUAAAUAAGUUUAAUGCAAUAUUUUUAAAAUUAAGGCCAAAAAAAAAAAUCCAUGGUGAACAAAACAUCACAGUUCUAAAGACAGGAUUCGUAUUACUGAUGUUUCCUUUUGCCUCGGGUUCCCAUUAGGCUUGCCUGCCCCUGUGGGAGGGACCCAGUGGGGCACCCAGAGUUGCUCAGCCCAGGCCAGGCCUCACUGUGGCUGUGACGUACCCUUGAUGUCAGAACAAGGUGAUGCGUGAAGGUUAAAUGACAGAGGAGUGUGGAGGCACAGCCACACUGUAGGUGCUCCAGGUACUCCGCGUGUAUAAAGUUCCCAUCUCCUGAACUUCCCACCCAGCUCCCCUCCCAGAGCCAGUUAGGAAGCUGGAAGAUGGCGCUUCUCAACCUUCACCUAUCAUUGGAAUCACCUGGGUGGCUCCUGCCUCCCCCGCCCCCUGCACUGCCCAGACCCCACCCUGGAGGAGUUGAAUCAGCAUUUGUGGGUGCGCCCCAGGCCUCAGUACUUUUUUCAAGUCCCCAGGUGAUUACAGUGUGCAGUCAAGGCUGAGAACCACUUCUCUGGAGAGGCCACAGUUGUACAGGCCUUGGAGGCUUUGUAACCUCUCGGUAUCUGGCGGGGUUAAUGUACAGAGAGACUUACAGUGUCAGUCAAAGCCCGCUGGGGGAUCAGGAAAGGAGCCUGGCAGCUCCCCACCCACCGCGCAUCUGUGCAGCCUCCACCAAAACCACCAGGGCACAUUUCUUUUUCCCUCCACGUAAAGAGACAAAGGCUAUCAGGCCUAGACAGGCCAUGUGGACACCAUGGAGGGGCCUGUAAGCCUUUUGAAAAUUCAGUCCCGCCGGCAGAGAAAGUCAGGGAAAAGCGCAGCCCCCUGGGCCCGGCCACUGCCAUUCCAAGAUGAUCUCACACUCCAAAGAGAAAAAAGGUCUAAAAGGAGUAAAGAGAGGCCUUUCCAAACAGGUGGUCACUUUAGAAAGGAAGCUGUGGACUGGUGGAAAAAGCAUCACCUGCCUGCAGGUAGCUUUCACCCAGUUGACAUACCGUGAGUGAGUGAGGUCAGAAAGGGACAAAUGAGAAAGGCAGGAGUGAGGGAAUGAAUGAAUGCGUAAAUGAAUGAAGGAAUGAAACAGGGAAGGGUGGGGCUUCCAGGCUUGGCCACCUUCAGGGUGGACUGAUCCUCCCUGAAGUCUGCGCUUCAGGAGUCCCUUCAGUCUGCAGCAGGGAGUCGUGCCGGAAGCCAGCCUGGAUGGGUGCAUGGGGAAGCAGCCAGGGGGCUCUGUCCACUCCUCCCUUCUGCUCAGGAAGCCACUGGAGUCGGUGGGGCUGGGGUGAAGUCUCCAGGGAGCAAUGUCCCCAGCUGAAGACAAAGGCAAUGGC